AUGCUUACCUUGCAACCUCUCUUCUCACGCUUCUUCGUCGCGGCCUCGUUCAUCAAUGCCUUCAUCGUCUUCAACGUGUUCCACGCUCUCCCAUUCUCCUCCCUAGUUCCCUUCGCCGUCAGCCAUCAGACUUACGAUAGGCUGCGUAUCUACCACUACUAUCUUCCUGUAUACUGGUGGGUGUCUCAGCAGCUGGAGCAGCACCGCAAGGCCGGCCACCAGACAGCCCUCGUGCUGGGUAUUUCCGCCCCCCAGGGCUGUGGCAAGACUACUUUGGUGGAGCAGCUGCAGCAGCUGUUCACUUGGCUGGGACAUCGCGCGGCGUCCGUCUCCAUUGACGACUUCUAUCUGACACACACCGACCAAAAGGACCUGGCGGCCCGCCACCCGGGCAAUCGGCUGCUGCAGCUGCGGGGCAACGCGGGCACACACGACCUGGGACUGGGAAGCGAAACACUGAAGCGGCUGAGGGAGCUGAGGUCGGCGGGGGAUACGGCGGCAGUACCCAGAUACGACAAGUCGGCAUUCGGCGGCCUUGGUGACCGGGCGGACCCUUCCACCUGGCCCGUGGUUUCGGGGCCGCUUGACGUGGUGCUGUUCGAGGGCUGGAUGAGCGGUUUCGCUCCUCUGGAACCUUCGGCCGCUGAGGCGGUUGAGCCGGCGCUGGCGGCGGUCAAUGAACAACUACGAUCAUACCGUACGACAUGGGACGAGCUUGUGGACAGCUGGCUGGUCAUCCGAAUUGGUGACCCGCAGUGGGUGUACAAGUGGCGGCUGCAGGCGGAGGAGCGCAUGAAGGCCGGUGGCAAGCCCGGCAUGAGCGCUGAGCAGAUCGCCGACUUUGUGUCGCGCUUCAUGCCUGCCUACACCGCCUACCUGCCGGGGCUAUACACCCGCGGCCCGACCACGGCCCGACACGGCCGCACUCUGGUGAUCGAGGUGGACCAGAACCGCUCUCCGCUGGCUCAGCAGCCCAAUCCAGUGGUGUAA